AGGACGGGGCAGUUCAGGUUGCUCUGGCUGGGACAGCCGUCCGGAUGCCGGUGACUCGCUCCUCUCUGGAUGCUUUGGCCGAACGGUUGGGUUUCUAGCCGUCAGCACCUCUCGGAUGUUGUCAGAGGAAGGGACCUCAUCUGAUCAUUUUUGGAUGGAGCACCUGUGAUAGUACCAGUGCUGAUUCCCCCUUAAAUACCAAAGUCUGGAGAUUUCAUCCUGGGCUGUGAAGCUCCUACCUCAACCUAAAGAUAUGAAUGCCAACAGUAUGCCUAAACAAGUGGAGGUGAGAAUGCACGAGAGUCACCUGGAGCCCAUCGAGGCCAGGCCCCAGUCGAAAUGCGCCAAAAUCUGCUCCAAAAUGUUCAAGAACCUCCUUCUCACACUCACCGUCCUCGGUGUGAUCUUAGGAGCUGUAUCGGGGAUGUUGCUUCGCGUUGCCUCCCCUAUCCACCCAGACAUAGUCAUGGUGAUUGCGUUUCCUGGAGACAUUCUGAUGAGGAUGUUGAAGAUGUUGAUCCUUCCACUCAUCAUUUCCAGUUUAAUCACAGGUCUUGCUGGUCUUGAUGCCAAAUCCAGUGGUCGCCUGGGAACCAGAGCCAUGGUCUACUAUAUGUCCACCACUGUUAUUGCCGCAGUCCUGGGAGUCAUCCUUGUGUUAGUCAUUCAUCCUGGCAACCCCAAACUGAAGGAAAAUCUGGGAGAAGGAGAGAAAAAUGACGAUGUGUCCAGCUUAGAUGCCUUCUUUGAUCUGAUCAGGAACCUGUUCCCAGAAAAUCUGGUGCAAGCUUGUUUCCAACAGAUUCAAACAGUCACCAAGAAGGUGGAAGUGAUUGAGGAAGAAGUCAACACCACCAGCAUGGGAGGCCUUUUGGUGAACAUUACCAAGGAGCCCCAGUUCAUCAUCAAAAAGUCCCUCCAGUUCAAGAGUGGCAUGAAUGUCUUGGGUCUGAUUGGUUUCUUUAUUGCUUUUGGCAUCUGCAUGGGUAAAAUGGGAGAAAAGGCCAGACUCAUGAUUGAAUUCUUCAACAUCCUCAAUGAGAUUGUGAUGAAACUUGUCAUCAUGAUCAUGUGGUACUCCCCGUUUGGUAUUGCAUGUCUGAUCUGUGGCAAAAUCAUCUCCAUUAAGGACCUGGAGGUGGUAGCAAGGCAGCUUGGCAUGUAUAUGAUAACUGUGAUUAUUGGCCUCAUCAUCCACGGAGCCAUCUUCCUGCCCAGCAUUUACUUCGCCAUCACUAGGAAAAACCCUUUCACCUUCUUCCUGGGCAUCUUUCAGGCCUGGAUCACUGCUUUGGGCACAGCCUCAAGUGCUGGUACACUUCCCGUUACCUUCCGGUGCCUGGAGGAGAACUUGGGGAUUGACAAGAGAGUCACCCGUUUUGUGCUCCCUGUGGGAGCCACCAUCAACAUGGACGGAACUGCUCUGUAUGAGGCUGUGGCAGCCAUCUUCAUUGCCCAAAUGAAUGGUGUCCAUCUCGACCCUGGUCAGAUCGUCACCGUCAGUCUGACAGCUACCCUGGCCAGUGUUGGGGCAGCCAGUAUUCCCAGUGCCGGUUUGGUAACUAUGCUGUUGAUCUUGACCGCUGUUGGUUUACCAACCCAAGAUAUCAGCCUUCUGGUUGCUGUUGACUGGCUACUGGAUCGAUUUAGGACCUCAGUGAAUGUGGUGGGCGACUCCUACGGCGCGGGCAUUGUGUACCAUCUGUCCAAGGCGGAGCUGGAUGAGCUGGAUGCACACACGGCUAAAUCUGACGACAUUGAAAUGAUGACAAAGACCCAAUCUUACUAUGACGACAUGAAGAAUCACCACGAAAACAAUUCCAACCAGUGCGUCAUAACCGCAGCCGCCUCUUCUACCGUUUCCACUUCUGCUAACAAUUCUGUCUUAGUAGAUGAAUGCAAGGUAACCUCAGCCACAAACGGCUCUGCUGCGGAGUGCACGCUUGUUGAGGAGGAACCAUGGAAACAUGAAUAAUGGCGGCGCAGAGAUCCUCUGCUCCUGGGCUCAGCAAGUUUUCCUAUAUCUGGUGAUGAUAUAAAAAAAAAAGAAAAAAAGAAAAAAAAGAAGAGCAAAUGAAAAGUCACAUGAACAGAUGUACUAAUUUUUUUAUGUAGUUUACUUUGCAAUUUUUUUAUUAGUCCCUUUAAAGGUUUUUUUUGUAACUGUCUAUCUGACUGAUGUGUAAUACUAAUUCACUUAACCGUGAAGUGAUAACAGAGGUUUAUCUCACCCGUUAGGGCGCAAUUGAUCCCAUACAGCAGACACUUGCACAACAUACUUCAAGGCUUGGAGAGGGAAGGAAGGCAGGAAAAAUUAAAAAAGGAAGAUGUUCUUAGAGUUACAUCCCGGUUGUGUAUUUUUAUGAAGAGCGACGGAGAUGAACGCAAAGAUGCACUGAGACCAUCAUGAAAUCUCAGUGUAAAUGCUUUUUACACUGUUUGAACAGUUCUUUUUUGUUUUGUUAUCAUAAAAAAGUCUUCAGUCAGAGCAGUUGAAAUGUUUAAAAGUCUCUGAUAAACUCGUCAAAGGGAAGUAGCCCUAAACCCUGCAAGCUCUUAAAAUGUGGGAUUUUAAAGCACAUUUUAAAAAAGAAAUUAUGAUCCAUUUUUAUUCCUCCUUUUUCUCAUAGAUCAAAAUUUGGAGUUAAAUAGUUUAAAGAAAUAUUUAUAAGACGAAUUGACGAAUGUUUUAGCUUCCACAAAGAAAGUUAUAUUUUUUAUCUUUACUUAUAUUAGCACUUUGUCCCCCAAAGUUAUUGAUACCAAUGAAAUUUAAAAUCUACGUGAUUCAAAAUAAAAUUUAUUUAAAAAAGAAAAGAGUUUCAAAAUUAAAGCAGAGAAUAUAUAUAUAUAUAGCAAGCCAAAUUGGCAGUGAGAUAAACUUUUCAUCAUUUAUUUUGUCAUUUCAAACCGAUGCCCCUUCAAGCAAUCUUUAAAAAACAAAAAAGCAACAAAAGGACAGAGGGAGGUACUCAGGCGUCUUUGUUUACUCUAUUACAGGGAAAAAAACAAACAUUCCAAAUUGUUUACUUGCUCAUCAGAGCGCUUCAGCUCGGGGAAUCAGCACAAAAUUUUGAAUAUGCGACCGAUAGUGGCAAAAAAUGUUUACUACUGAAGGAUGAAAUAAGCACAACGACGACAUUCCAGCGGCUGAAUGAUCCAGUGAAGGAGCACAGUUACUGAACGCUGACAGAGCACACGAUGAAGGAGGAGGAGAACACAUGGAAGAAAGGCUAAAUCAUUUCAACUCAUUUACUCACCAGAGCUCAAGACUGUUGAAACCCUGCAUGCUGCAGCUGUUUGACUACAUUUAAGAAGCCAACUUCCAGGUCGUAAGAAAAGCUGCCAAUAAUACCGUUUGCAAAGAUGUCAAACACAGUAAAGUCAAGACUACUGGCUGUUAACAUUUUUUUUUUUUUUUUUUUUUGAGAGUGAGGCCUCCGUGUUAUAUCUUUAUGACUGCUGUGGUUCUGUUCUCCCUUGUUUCUUUUGUGCUGAAUGACAACCUCGCCUUGAAAGUGUUCACCUUAAAACUACAGUAACGAUAGGAAAUUUAACACAGCACUCCGCCCCCACACACAAUCAGAAACCAUCUGGCAAACAGAAACACCGCACAAACACCCACGUCGAUUUCCUAUUAGCAGAACACACUCCUUAUCUUUUAGACUUUGUGAUCUUCAGGAAAAACUACACUUUUUCUCCAUGGAGAGACCAUGACGACCACAGUGUCACCACCGAUGGGGUGUUAGGAACACUUUUUAUUCAAACUCACUGUUUUAGAAGCAUGAACUAAAUAAAACGAGAAAUAUUUUAUCUUAAAAGGAUGAUAUUUGAAGUGCCUCAUUGCACUUUGUGUAUAUAUUGUAGGUAACAGAGUUUUUUUUGUUUGUUUGCUUUGUUUUGUUUCAUUUGGGGGGCAUUGAAAUGUUAUGUAGGAAUAUAGUUUUAUUGCUGUGACCAUUUUAAUGUAAUUCUCUAGGGGAAUAUAUAUAUAUGUCCUUAAAAAAAGAACAUUAGAUUAGAAAACAUGUAUAGAGUAAACUGUGUAAUAAACUGUUCUCUUUUUUUAUUUUCUAAUUGCUGUUUUCUAGUUAACUUACCUGUCACACACAAUAUAUAAAUAUCUUUUUUUUGUAUCUAAUGUAAGUUCUUUGAAUGUUUGCUCCAUAAAGAUAUAAUCUGUGUGAAUUCAUUUUCAUUGUACAUACAUGGAUAUAUAAUUGUUCUGUUCAGAAAAUCAGAAUUUCCUAAAAUGAUCCUAAAACUAAUAACGCUGUUUGCAUGAAUAUGGAAGAAAAUAAAAGGGAUGGAUAGGAAUGAAAUAAAGAAAUGAGUUGAGGGGAAGUUUCUGAUUUUUUUUUUUUUUUAUUAAAGAGGCAGAUUUUGGUUUGUUACUAGAAAGGUUUUGGAAAAGAAAGACAGAAGAAAAUGUUGAAUUUUUCAGUAACAGAACAAUUAUCCGUGGUUUUCCAGCAUAGAACAACAAUCCUCAGGUGAUCCAUAUCAAACCAUUUCUCAGAGGAGACCGUCUCCCGUCUCCAAACAUCUGCACAACUCAAACAUAUAGACCCGUCAGAGUCCACGUCAGCUUUCAACGUUCCACAGAUCCGCCCGCUCCGCUGCAGCCCUCGAUAUCCAAGACGUUUACAGAAAUAUGACUUGGUAAACUGCCUUUACUCCAGUUGCCUUUUACUCACUAACUAUAUGCAUGCUCAAUGUGUGUUUGACUAAGUGUCAUUGAUGGGAAUUUACUGCCGAACAAAGAGCCAGCAUCUCUGCUGAAACUGUCGACUUUCCCAACUUCACCCCAAUCUGCUGAAGUGUCCAUGAGCAAGCAGAGAGUCUGUGUGGGGAAAUGUUAAAUUAAAAAUAGAAAUGAGAAGAAAAAACGUCCCUUCCUUCCGUCUGUUAUACAUGAAAAUCUGUUGCUACAUAUCAAUGUUGUACCUUUGGUGUACAUAUACAAAUAUGACUAAUAAAUGUUGAUUCAUAACUAA